AAAUUUUUCACGAAAAGAUGCAAAAUUUACCGUUUUUGUUUCUUUGAACGGAAUGCGAAAAAUGCGAAAUUUUCGCGGAAAGAUUUCUCUAUUUCGCUGAAAACUCUACCUAUACUUAAAAUCAUCAAUCUAGGAUAUACGAAGAUCAAAGCCCCUGGACCCUGUGCUAGUUAUCCCGAAACCGGCCAAAAGUGCGGAAAAUGUUCAUCGAAUUUUUAAAUCUGAAACAGGGUUCCUGGAUCUACCUGAGGAACGGUUCCCCCCUGAGUUCCCACGAGGACUCCGUAGGGUGGGAACAAUGUCGCAGAUUUUAAACCAGAUAAACAAAUCGUUUCGGAUAAAAAGAUCGCAAAGUAGCAGAGAUCUUCAUCACAAUAAAACAAAACAAAGGCUUUCGGCCAGGAUGUCUACAAGUGACCUAAGAGAGCAGCCUGUAAGGGGAUAUAUGAUAGGGGAUCCCCUGAGCAAGGGUCCAGGGUACCCUGUGACCCCUGAAGGGAUCUCCAAUAAACAUAAACAUCAUAAAUCUCGAUCCCGAGGUCUUGCAAGCAUUAAUCCAAAAUACACUCUAGAGAGUGGAUUAAUGAGCAGUAGUGAAAUAGAAACCUCCAGAGGAAAAAUGACAAUUCACCAUCUUACUUCAACAAAUCAAGAUUCUGUUUCAAGAUUUCCCAGAUUACAAGACUGUGCACAUUUUCACUAUGAAUACGCAGAAAUCGGACCCCUCCAGUUGACGUUGAUGAACGAACCUGAAGACACCAGGGUCGAGGACACGAGGACAGAGGAUGGAAGGAUGGAGGACCUCAUAACAAGAUCUGAUGAUAGGACAAGAUAUGAUGAUAGGACAAAAUCUGACGAAGAAUGUUUCUUGAUACUAGCUAACAGCUUCCCAGAGAGUAAAGGAGGAGCAAGAACUUGGGUUCUUCGACGAACCUUGGAGGAUUUCCAGUCACUUGACCGACAGCUUCAUACUUGUGUUUUUGACAGAAAAUUCUCCCUGCUAAGCGUAGUUCCAGAACAAGAGAAUAUCUCCGCAAAUGGGCGAAAUCCGAAGGAGAGUAUGUAUGAGUUCCUCUGUGUCUACCUGGAAAGAUUGAGUAGGUUGGUCGGCCCGCUAGUCACCUGUGGUCCUAUUCUAUCCUGGUUGGAACUAGAUAAUAAAGGGAACAGAUUAAUCAUAACUGAUGAAAGUGAUAUUAAUACACCAGCAGUAGCUGCAGCAUAUUCAGUGAGACGAUAUGCUAAACAAGCAAACGACGAGAUUAGUUUUGAGGUUGGGGAUAUGAUCUCUGUGAUAGAUAUGCCUGCUACAGAUGAGAGUGUAUGGUGGAGAGGGAAGAGAGGGUUCGAAGUUGGAUUCUUUCCAUGUGAUUGUGUUGAGAUCAUAGGAGAUAAAGUUCCUCAUUCACUCAACCUAACAGGUGGGAAUUCUCAGACCCUUCCCCACCACCACCAUCUUCAACGACGAGAUUCCGACCAAUCAGAUUCCCCGUCGGAACCUUCAAAACCGGUUUUACGGAAACAUGGGAAGCUGAUUACAUUCUUCCGUAGUUUUAUCUUGUCCCGACCUACCCGCGGAAAGCUGAAAAAGCGCGGCAUUUUGAAGGAGCGCGUCUUCAGCUGCGAUCUUGGAGAAUAUCUGCUCAACUCUGGACAGGAAGUACCGAACGUGUUGACCCAUUGCUCUGAGUUUAUUGAGAAACUUGGAAUAGUUGAUGGAAUAUAUAGACUUUCAGGAAUUUCGUCGAAUAUUCAACGGUUGAGGGUAGCAUUCGACGAGGAUAGAGUUCCAAACCUAUAUGAGGACAAACUAGUUCUACAGGAUAUCCAUUCUGUCUCCUCCCUUCUGAAGAUGUAUUUCCGUGAACUGCCCAACCCCGUGUGCACCUUCCACCUGUACGACCAGUUCGUCGAUGCGGCAAAAUCGGCGGACGAUCUUCGGCUCGUCAAACUUCGGGAGGUCGUCUUCCAGCUUCCUCCCCCGAACUACAGGACCUUGGAAUACCUGACAAAGCACUUGUACCGUGUAGCGGCUAGGUACGCCGAGACCGGGAUGACCGCAAAGAAUGUGGCGAUUGUCUGGGCUCCUAACCUACUCCGCUGUAAAUCCCUCGAGGUUGGGGGCGUGGCCGCCCUCCAGGGGGUGGGCAUUCAGGCGGUUGUGACAGAAUAUCUAAUAAAAUACUGCGAGCUUAUAUUCUCGGAUACGGAACCAAACCAAACCUUGCUCAGCCCAGCUUCAGAGGUUGGAAUGAUGACCCCCCGGACCUCGAUGAAGAACCGGCCAAAGUCCUUGGCCAUCUCCACCCCCACCAAGCUCAUCUCCUUGGAGGAAGCCAGGCACAGGGCCAUGAUCUCAAGCAACAAUAUCCAAAACCAGAAAUAUAUCGAGGUCGGCGGGGGUCCAGAGAACCUACCCGCCUUCCAUACCGUUAUAAAUCUGCCAAAACACGCCGGCGGUAGCCUCAAGUCGAGGAAAGGAGGAGGAACAGCCUGGAAAAGUAUUUUCUCGAAAGAGAAGAAGAAGGUUGACAGAAAGACCUCUACGCCGUUGGAACUUCACUUUAUUACUAUUAUUAUUAUUAAGGCUGGUGGUAUUAAGGUUCCCCUAAGACCUGUAAAAAGUGCCGAAUCCCUAAUACAGCAGGGAUUAAAUGAUCAAGGGAUGGUGCUCCGUGGAUCCAAGGAUGCAGGAUCUAUUGGAGCAAUGUCUCCGAUAAGAACAUCAUCACAAAGGAACAGUGGGGAAUGUGAUGAGCUUGGCGCACUGGAAACUGUAACGCGAGCAGUCGAAGAACUUAGGCGUGAGAGUCCCAAACAUCACAGUCGAAGUAGUUCGCAUGACUCUUACUUUGAAAGAAAACUCUCCGUACAGUUUGAUAUAGAUCCAGAGCAAGAAGAAUCAAACCUAGAUCUCAGUGAAAUACAGGUAAACUUCGACCAUGAAGAUCGAGAAAUGAAGUUGUUUAGCGAAGACGAAACAAUGAUAUCGAACUCAGUAGGUAGCGAGCUCAGUCUGGCUCGGUCACCACUCGAGGAGCAACCGAGAACGAGUAGUCCCAGAUCUCGAGGGACCGAGUCCUCAGGCUGCUUUGUUCGAGGUUCAGGGACCGGAAAUCUAGAUUCUCCAACUAAAGCUAGAAGAAUGAGCUUCAAGGAGAAGAUUAAGAAGAAGUUUACAUCUCCUACCUUAUCUCGGAGACAGGAGGAGUCGGAGGAGACUGGUAGAACCAGGACGGAGGAGAAAUCUCUCAAGGAUAAGAUUAAGACUGGAGCAGUGAGUCCAGGGACCCGGAGAUUACAGGAAUCAAGUCCUAGUCCUCAUCAUACUAAUAAUAGGUCGGGUUUGAAUGUCGACCUCCCGUCUCUGAGUUUCUCUCCGUCGAUUAAAUUUAUCGACGCAUCAUCAUCCUACGAGCUGGUUAGCGACAGCGAGACCGAUGCAGACACGCCCAGGUCACUUAAUGAUACUUGGCGGGAUGGCGGAGAAACAAUCAGAGAAACUGAUCCUAAACCAGAAAUUAAACCCGAAAUUAAACCAGAAAUUAAACCUGAAAUUAAACCCGAAGCUGAAGCUAAGCUUAAACUUGUUGAAAAAUCCAGCUCUUAUGAAAGUUCUGGAAAAUCAUCAAAUUCUAUAAAAACCAUCCACAGAUCUGAAGAUAUCUCUAAAACGGAAGCUUUUGAAGCUCAUACAGUUGCCGAACCUACUCCUGCUAAACUUCCUGAACCAGAUUUGGAAGCUAAAUCAAGCUUCGGCGUUGAACAGUUAGUUUGUGCUCAAGUACAUGCUCCCCUUCAAGCACACACCCCCACACCAACACAGGGAUUUAAAAUAUCAAUUAUCGGCGCUCGGCCAGAUGUUCUUGAGCUGGGUGGUCAUCUGGAGAAUGAGGAUGGAUUGAGGUUGAGAUCAUCUGAAGAAUUACUAUCCCAAGGGGGGUCUAUAAGUAGGAAAAGUUCGGCGACCGGAAGUGAAGUCUCAACCCAGCCCUCCCGGAAGCCAUCAAGUACUAGAUCCGAUUUGAGUUUCUCCGUCGCUGGAGCUACGGUAUCAGAGAAUGAGAGCUUUGACUCUCCGUCUACCGGUGACGGAGUAUAUGAGAUGAUGGUUGGGUCUGAUCAAGAAGAUAUGAAUGAUCCCGGAGAACCGUCGGAGAUUGAUACCUCUGUCGUAUCCGCAGGGUUGGAUACCUUCGUCAAUACCCUGCAGGAUUCUGGUAGAAUGGAUGAAUCAGCAAGUGAGGAUAUGGAAGAAAGUUUGGAUAAUUCAGCAGCUGAUCAUCGUCCUGAAGGAUAUGCAGAGCUUCAAACAACAAUGUCAGGUUCCAGUUCAAGAGAGAUUGAAACAAAAAAGUUGGAAGAAGGACUUUCCGAAUCCAUUCUCAGCUCAGACAAGUCAAGCAUCACAGAGUCAAUUCAGAGUUCAAAUAGUGAUCAUAUCUCAGAGUCUAGCACCAGUGAUAAAAAUCCAUUGAUUCAUGCGGAGGCAAAAUCCUUCGAGCGUCAGCCGCGUCGAAAUACAAGCUCCGAGCUCAGAAAACUCGCUGAUAAACAUCCAAACUCGACGCCGAGCACUCCAAGCUCUCUACUUAAUAGUCCUCAGUUCGAAGCUGUUACAUUACGCCGAAGUCCAGUGACAAGUCCGGCUCGAAAUCGAAGUGUUCGAUCUGAUUUUAUCUUGAACCUUGUCCAUCAAAACUUUGAGGAGGGGAGUUUAAAGGCAGAACCAGAAAUUCCUAAAGAACUUGAUUCUCAACUUGUCAAACCUAAUUUCAUCUCUGAACUUGGUUCUGAAAUAAGCUCUAAAGCUGACCAUGAAUUCACCUCUGAAAGUGCCAAACCGGUGUUGAUCUUAGAAACCAGCCCCAAGUUAAUCUUAAAUAAAAAACCGAUGGAAAAAUCUCAAGAUAAUAAUGAGUUAAAACUGAACGGAAGUCCCAAAGAAGUGUUAAAGUUAAACACUCAGCUCAUAUCAGGACUUAGGACUGAGUUAUUACCGGAAGUUAUUCCGGAAUUAAUCCCUGAAAAGAAAACCGAAUUUAUCUCUGAACUUAAUCCCAAGAUUUCCUCCAAAGUUAAUCACGUGAACAAUUCUGAAGCUGAAACUGAGAGUAUCUUUGAAGGUACAAACUCUGGUGACGUAUUGGAAAAAGUUGGAGCCAAGCUAACCCUUCUUAAUCAUGAAUCUCUAGAAAAUGAAACUAAACCUGAUGAUUUUUCUAAAACUGAGAUGAAUUCUGGAGAUCCAGAAUUUGUAACAGAAGAAAUAGAGAUGAGAGUCAAAGCUCCUGCAAAAGAAAUUAAACCCUUAUCUCUUGCUGAAACCAAACCAAGUCUCGAAGUUGAAAUACCACCUAUAGAAUCUGUCCCUGUUCAAAAAUCCAAAAUUUCAGGCCUAGCUAAAGCCCUGUCUCCACAGCCCUACAACAAAACCUCUGUCUACAACCCCCGCCUCUCCCAAGAGUUUAAUCCAAAGAUCAAAUCUGCAGAGGACACCAGCCAAAAAUCCGCAAUUCUCCCGAAAAAUCCUGGAAAUUCUGAAACUUCUCAGCGCACACCCAGCUGGGAAAAUGAACUGGUCUGGAGAGCUGAACCAUCAAGGGUAGAAGAAGACUCAAUCCCUUCUAUUAGUCUAAAUACAGAUCCUGUUAUCUCCAAGCCCCCACCAGUUCCGAAAGAAGAUGUUUCUCCAAAAUCUAAAAAACACCAUUCGAUAAACAAAGUGACUUUACUCCACGGUAGUAGGUCGUUUAGAAGCUCUGAUAUACCAGAGAACCAGGGAGACAGCUCCAGAACAAACCAAGAAGCUCCCAGGGAGCAGCUGAACGACUCCCUUACAUCUCUCGACCAUUUCGGCCAGUCUGACGAAUCCCUGAUCGAGUAUGAGGAAAGAGUACCAUUGGACGGCCGAAGAAGUACUCAAGGAAUACCAGAGGUUGAAAAGAACCUUUCCUUUAACCACAAGAAAUCCGGGAAACGGAAAUCCGACAGUCCAGUUCGCAAAUGCCGUGCAAAAUCUAGCACACUCUCGCUUCACGCAACAAAGACGACAGAGCUUUCCGAGGAAGCGCCUCUACAGCGACGGAAUUCUAUUCACAACGUUCCUUUCGUUGAUGUUCAUGAUCCAGAUACAAGAUGUCGGAUGGAGAGAUACAAGGAGGAGAGAAGGUCGAUGCUAAGGUUGAAGUACAAGGCAGAGGACUACCUCUCCGACCAAUUCUCCAAGAAGAAGAAGCUCAGCAACACAUCAUCGGUGGAGUCUAAUGAUUCUUCAGACAUCAACCAAACCCUGAAACCUUUCGUUAAACCUUCGGAGUUGACUAAACCCAUUGGCAAGGUUUUAGAGAUUUCCAAACCUCCAGAGGUUGCUUUCAAGCUGACCACCGAUGUCUCCCUGAAGAUAAGCGAGGCUAGGAGUACAGAGACUUCAACGGCGUCUAGUCCUAUAAUACUACGACAGAAGGCCCCCGAGCUCUGGAAGCUGGUCGAUCUCAAGCAACCUGAACCUUCAACUCUUUCCAGGAAAACCGAUUCAGAUAAAAAGCGGAGUUGGACGGCCACCAAGGAUGUUUGGGCGGGCCGGGCCCGCCCCACAGAAUUGGACAUACAAAAGAUAUCUGAACCCACACAAUCUAGUCUUGUCAAGAAUAGUGAUAUUAGCACCAGUAAAAUAAACUUCGGCCAUAUUGACGAUUCCGUGAAUGUUAAAGAGCGUGCGACCAUAUUCGGUCCUCGCUCCCAAGACUCGAAGCCUCGAACGGUAUCGGUCGGAAAUGUACAUUUGGACUCGAAAUCGAGACCCUGUAACACGCAGGAAGGGAAGAAACGCACAGUAUCCAUAGGAUCAGAAAAGCCGAGUUUUGAAUCGGCCAGGAAAUUUUCGGCCGUCAAUCCAACCUCACCGAGUAAGAUAAAAAAUAUGGCCGCAAUGUUUGAGCACAACAUUAAGUAGAAUUAUUAGAAUUAUUUAUUUAUCAAACUUAAGUAAACUUUUAGUAUUUUUUUUUAAAAGUCUAUUCGGCCCCUCACGGGCCAUUGACUGAUAUAAUUGUAGUGAAUAUCAAAAGCAGUUUUGAAUCUUCCUAUAUUUAUCCAAAGUGCAAAAAACCUAUGAUCUGAAAAAUGUUUUGAAAAUGAGCUUUUCAAUCAAAUAUUUUGGCUUUCAUUAUUUUCAAAUUUAUACAUGCGCCAU